AUGACCUCGGCCGCACCGGGGCCGUCGCGCCCGCCCAACGCGCCGCGCACCCUGACGCCCAAGUCCGUCUCCGACCCCGUCCUGCGCAACGCCCUGCGCUACACCAUCUCGGCGCGCGAGUACGCCACGCUGCACAAAGGGUGCUUCGGCAAGAAGAGACACGAACGCGAAGAAGCAACCGCUGUACAACUCACCCACCUUCCGUCUGUCGCUUUCUCUAUCCUCCAUCCUGCUGCUCUAUCGCCUGCUCUUCCGCUUCAUGUCCAGGUUGCGCGGCCACCUGCUCGACGAUGCGGCGAUCCCCUUCCGACGACGCAAUCCCGUACCGCCGCCACACUGACGUCGCCCUAUGCACCCGCCGUCGGUGCCUCGCUCGCCGGUCUGGCCCUCGGCGUGUACCCGGCGCAGCAACUGCGCGUGUCGGUCGCCAUCUACGCCAUGUUCCGCGCCCUCGAGUUCGGCUGGAAUCUGUGCGAGGGCGAGGGCAUGAUCUGGGGCUUCAAAGCCGGUGGCCGCGUCAAGAGGGAACGGCCCUGGUGGUGGGGUAGCUGGAUGAUCCAGCCUUUUGCCUUUGGACAGCUGCUGCACGCCGUCGUCUUUGACCGCGACUGCUUCCCCGCGGCCUACGGAAACCUCAUCUUCAAUAACUCGACAGCCUAUCUGCAACAGAGGCCCGCCGGCUAUCCGAGCCACCUGGUGUGGCCCAAGACGUUGGAGAUUGUCGACAGCCUUGCACAGAUGGCAAAGCUCAAUUGGCCACCCUACAUCUCGCCCACUCUGUUCCCCAACAAGGAAACGCUGCCGGCAUCACUCGCCGCCGUCGCGCCCCUGACCUCGACCGCACACCCCAUCAUCACCUCUCUCUCGUGCGCGACCCUCCACCCGUCUGACCCGUCUUGUCUGCGUACCUACCUGCAGUUCUGGCUCAGCUCGUUCCCGCCCUUUAUGCGCAUGCUCCUCGGCUUCUACGGCGCGUUUGCCAUUCUGCCCAACGCCGGCGCCAAGCUGUACCACGCGCCCGUCGCCGUCCUGACCAAGGUGCUCGGCCGCGCGCUGCGGAGCUCGACGUUCCUCGCCGGCUCCAUCUCGACGGCGUGGGCCUCCAUCUGCGUGUUCCAGACGUGGCUGCCGCGCCACGUGCUGCCGACGCUGCGGUUCUUCCUCGGCGGCUUCGUCGCCGGUCUCUGGGCCUGGGUCGAGCGGAAGCAGGGCCGGGGCAUGUUCCUGUACUCGGCACGGGCGAGCGUGGACUCGCUGUGGAAGGUCGGCGUCAAGAGGCGGUGGUGGAAGGGCAUGCGCGGCGGUGACGUGUGGGUCUUUGUCGCAGCGCUCAUGGUGACGGGCGUCGUGUACGAGAGGGACGCGCGGGCAAUCCGCGAGGGUAGCUGGCGCCGUGGCGUCAGCUGGAUCCGGGGCGAGGGCUUGCGGGAUUGGAGUCUCGAGGAGGACGAGGCGCAAGGGGAGGGCGAGGGGCAGGAGUAG